GUUCACAUUGGUUGUGUGCAAAAGUCUCCAGUACUUCAGUUGGGUUUCUACACGAAAACAUUGACAAGUUGGUGGAUGAAUAAACAAAAGGGUGAUUAUUUUUGUUUCUCACAGGACCAUUAUUUAACCUGACAAAACAAAAAUUGCUACCCUCCAAUAGAAGCAACAUGAAGGGUCACCAGGAGGAUUUCAUUUUUCAGGCUCUGCUCUUAAUCCACAUCUCUGUGGUCUAUUUCUUCACUGCAGUGAAUGGCCAAUUGGACAGCAGCAGCAGCGUUGUGGUGGCCGGCUACAACGUGAGCGCCCCGGCCGGCUCCGGCGUCACGUUGCAGUGCGUCAGCGGUCGCAUGGUGUGGACCCGCGACAACCUGAGGGACAGACAGAGGGUGGUCCACUGGGACAUUUACCGGGCCCAUUUGGACCACGGCAUGGAGAGGGUGUUAGACAUGUACUCUGCAGGAGAGCAGAGGAUAUACAACUCCUACAACCUGAAAAGGGUCGGCCUCAGUCAGAAAGCCUUCAAGGAUGGAAAUUUCUCGCUCGUGAUCAAAGAUGUGACAAUGAAUGACAGGGGUCUGUACUCUUGUAACCUCCACCAUCUCUACUGCCACUUGUACGAGACGAUCCGGGUGCAACUGAACGUGACGAAAUCACGCCGUAAGGAGCAGCGCUACUGGGAUGGCCAGAAAGAGGUGUACGUGGUGCUGCUGGGGAGCACGGUGGUGCUGCCGUGCAUCAACAGGAGAAAUGUGUGGACGGACUGGAGCAACCAGGAGGAGGAUCAGCAGGUGGUCCACUGGGACCGCCAGUCCCCGGGAAUCCACCACGAUCGCGCAGACCGCUUGGUGGACCUGUACGCCUCAGGAGAGCAGCGUAGCUACGGACCUUCGUUCCUCCGGAGGAAGAUGAACAUCAGCAACCAGGCCUUCGCCGAGGGAGACUUCUCACUGAGCAUAUCUGAUCUGCAGGCCACUGACCAGGGGGUGUACUCAUGUCACCUUCAUCAUCAUUACUGCGGUUUGCAUGAGAGGAGACAGUUUCAGGUCACAGUGUUACCGCCGCUGAUUGACGCCGCAGGCCCGGCAAAAACGCUGCCCAGCGCAGACAAAGACGGCAACCAAGGGGAGUCACCGCAGGUCAUCAAUGUCGUCCUACCCGACCCGAGACAUCACUUCCUCCUGCCUCUGGGCUUCGUCCUCACCUCCUUCCUCCUUUUGGCGUUCGUCGUCCUUAUCAUCAUCCUCAUCACGCGCAGACGUCGAACAACAGAGUCGUAUUCAGUGGAAUCCACGAGAUCUAACAGAAGUCACAGCACGUCAGAUGAGUUCGAGAUGGACGUCGCAGAGGCAACGCUGGCCGGCAGGGAGUCUAACGACAGGCUGGACUUUAAGAACAACCUGCUGAAAGAGGUCAACAUGAACACGCCGAGCAAAGUCAUUGAUCUGGACAAAGAGAUGGAGAAGUGUCGCAAGUGAGGCAAGUGACAACGGGGUCACUGGCUGGUCCAGAGGCCGCUCAUCACACUCAUGCUGCUGGGAAAUCUGGCAGGGGGAGACGCCACAGAGACGUUGUGUGUUUGCCAAAAUUCUUUGUCACCUCCAAAACAACACACACAAACCCGAGCUCCCCGUGUUUUCUAGAGACAAACACAAAGAAUGUAUUAUCAUGUCAUGUCGUAAAUCCACGAUUCAAGGUACCACAGUGCCACCUUGAUGUUAUGAAAUGCAGGUGCAGUACUGCAUUUUAAAUGACGCCUGACGCAGUUGGGAAAUAGCGAAUGAACUUUCUAUUACAGCUUUGAUAUCUGUCAAACUUGCAUUUUGUUAUUUUCUUUUUAUGGACUAAAGGAACAUUGAAGGGCUACUUAUAGUGUAUACUGCUCUUUGAAAAUGUACAUUUACAGUAUGUUACAGUAACACAGAAGCAGUACAUACCUCUUUAUACUUGAUUU